AUGAAUGGUGGUUUAAGCGAUAACGGACUGUUCAAGAACCAUUCCCGUUUAACGCCUUAUGGACUGUCCACAUAUUUACAAUUGGUGACAGAGGUUGUUGCAGAAUUGGGUAGGUUAUUUUCUGACAGGGAAAUUAAGUUUUCCUUGGGGGAAGAAGAGGAGAUAGGGAUCACGGGGUGUGUUUCAUUGUUCGGAAAAACCCGUAGUUGGAGAUUGGGAGAUAUUGGAUUAGAUGUCAGCUGUGGACCUUUGGAUGUCAGCUGUGGACCUUUGGAUGUCAGCUGUGGACCUUUGGAUGGAAGACGAUUCGACAAAUUCCCUGAACGUCUUCAAGGCGUCUCGAUACAAUUCAAAAAGGUGAUUCGAUACAAUUCAAAGAGGAGAUUCGAUACAAUUCAAAGGGGUGAUUCGAUACAAUUCAAAGAGUUAUUUUCUGACAGGGAAAUUAAGUUUUCCUUGGGGGAAGAAGAGGAGAUAGGGAUCACGGGGUGUGUUUCAUUGUUCGGAAAAACCCGUAGUUGGAGAUUGGGAGAUAUUGGAUUAGAUGUCAGCUGUGGACCUUUGGAUGUCAGCUGUGGACCUUUGAGAAAUGAAGAAUUGGAUAAUUAUAUUAUGUUAUAUUUUUCUACAUAUUUUAUGUUAGAUUGUUGUGGUUUUAUUGGAAAUAAAGAUAAUUAUGUUAAAUAUGGAUCGUCGUUAAUGGUCAAUGAAAACUCUGGUACAAACGAUCUAUCUAAGUCUCCACAAAUUUUAGUCAUCAAUCUUUUGAAACAAAACAGUAGCAGUAAUCGUAAUUAUACCAAACAGGUAAACCGAGAUGUUCAUUAUAAUGUUUCUGUGGAUAAGACAGGGAGUAACCUUGCCUAUGAUAACAGCGCUUAUACAGUAAUUGAGCCAAGAUUAUUACCCGCGGAAAAUUUUAUGAUUAAUAAAACCCUCGUUAAUAAUAAGCUAAAACAUAAUAGCAAUAACAUGACAAAUGUUUACGGGAUAAUUGGUGUAUCAGUUCGAUUGCAAUGUCCUAUCUUAGUAAAUGGUCCUUAUACUAUAAAAUCAUCAGGAAAAAAUUGGAAUUACACUCUAAACAGCGAAUUAAUCCAAUACGUCAGAUUCGUCAAAUUAAUUGAUGGUAAAAUGGACAAUGUAUUUACUUAUGUACCAGUAGGGCUAGUAAGGGAAGCAAUUAACCAAAAUAAAGAUCCCAUUUUAGAUAUUUUGAAGAAGGCAAAAUCAGAUAAAAUGUCAGGAGUAUUGGCAACUAGGGCUCAUUUUGUUUCUGAUCCAAAUUCUAAUGAAUUAUAUUCCAAUAAAAUAAUUUUUGAUCACACAAGUCUUCAAAGGAAUGUGCCGUAUCUCGAAAUAACUAAUAUAACACUAACCGAUGCUGGAAAUUAUAUAUGCAUACCCAAGUUGAGACAAAGAUUGACCAAUAAAGAACAUAGAAUACAUUUGGAAAUACUAGUUCCACCAAGCAAACCACGCAUAAACUACUCGAACGAAAUACUUUACGAGAACGAAUAUGUCCAUAUUAAUUGUAGUUGCGAAAGGGCUAAACCUUCAGCCCAUUUGCAUUGGAGGGAAUCCGGAAAUUUGUUGAAGUCAACAGCAAGAUCCGGAAAUAUAAUAAAUCCCGAUAAUACGAGUUCUUCUUGGAGUGUAUUAAAAUUGAAAGUUAGUAGAGAUAAUCUAGCAUCAAUCUUUACAUGCGAAGCAGAAAAUGGCGUUGUCUAUCGUAGCAAUGAUAUGAGCAUCAUAAGCUUCAAAUUGAACAUUUUUACCAGACCUUUAAAGCCAACUAUAGAACCAAUCGAAAAACUUCUGAUGGCUGGUGACACAGUCGAAAUCAUCUGUAAAGUAAAAGGGGCCAACCCAAUGCCUAAAAUAUUUUGGAAACUUGGAAAAGGAAAAUCUUUUACUAUAUUAAACGGAACAUAUCACACUACGAUAGAUAGUACCGGUGUUUACGAUGUCAUGAAUAUCUUACGUUUGACAAUGGAAUCUAAGUAUAAUCAAGCUAAAUUACAAUGUUUAACGAUCAAUGAAGUUAUGAGGAAAUAUAAUGAACCACGUCUAAUUAGCCAUAUCACCUUAUCGAUAUCAUAUCCACCUCAAGAAGUUCACUUGAGUAAAGACGAGAUAAUUCUUUUAACCCAGAAAGGUCCUAAUGGCAAUACCAGCAUAUUAGCUAAAAUUACUGAACAGGUGAUAUGCGACUCCGACAGUAAUCCUAAAUCCGCGAUAAGGUGGUUUAUAAAUAACUACAACAAUACCCUGACUCAAAGGAAUAUUUUGACUACAAACGUUAGCGCUUUACUGAAAAUAUAUGGGACGGAUAAUUUUUUUAGAAAUUCUGAGCCCUUUAUCAAUGUAACUUGUGAAAUCAGCAACCGUUAUGGGAGAGUCAGCAAAGACCUCAUUGUUAAAAUAUGGCAUAAACCCAUAUGUUUGACAAACAACUCAUUAUACCUGUCUAAAGUAAAUUCAACCCUGGAGGUUAGAUGCGACAUGCUGAGUCGACCUGGAAUCCUCAACUACCAUCUGUAUUAUCUGAACGAUGAUUAUGUUAGAACGGUAGCAGAAAAUUUUACCAAACUGAAAAUAAAUUCGUUCCCUUUAACGUAUGGGCAAAGAUUAGUAAAUUUAAGGUCUCCCCAAAAUUUGUUUCACUUAUAUCUCGACAAACCUACCAAGUAUGGGACAUACAUAUGUAGGGCGCAAAACAGUUUAGGAAUCAGCGAUGAGAAUUGCUAUAUAAACAUUUUACCAUCAGAUCCUCCUCUACCCAUUUCAAAUUGUACCUCGAGUAAAAUAAACUCAAGUGUUUUGAUAUCUUGCGAUAAUCCUAAUACAAAUUAUGGGUUUCCUGUUCAAAGAUACAUGUUACAAGCUAAGAGAGGAAAUUCAAAAAUUUACAAAAAUAUAUCUGAAUCAAACGUACCUUGGUUUAAUGUCAGUCAUCCCCUGAUAGAUGAAAACACGCUUUAUAACUUUAAGGUUAUAUCAUACAACCAAUAUGGCUCCCAAGACAAUAAUAUCAGUCCUACUCUCACUAUCAGAACACAAGAAAUGACCUCAAGUUGGGGCAGGGAAGAAUUUAAACUUCCUUUAAUGACCAUUACCUGGAUAGUCAUUGUAUCUGUAGUACUGGUUAUGGCUAUAAUUAUAUCUGCCGUGGUUACGUUUACUUUGGUCAAAUACAAAAAGAAAAAAAAUACCCAAAUUCCAGGAAGCCCUUAUUUAAAUCACACCUUUGUGGAUUCAAAGAAUGAUUUAGUUAUUCGGAAAACUAAUUUAGACAACUUUGAAAAAAUGCCUUAUCCGGAAAAUGGACAUCUUAUCGGAAAGUCCAUCAGACCUAACAAUUACACUGUAUGUAUUACCUCGCUCAACGAUGCCCCUUUGCUAUGUUCCAACUUUCUACCAUAUUCCAAGAUGAGUUCAACAUUACAAUCCGGUGAAGAUAAUAAUCUAAUAUAUGCCGACGUUGAUAUCAUAAACAAAUACUCGCGCGUUAACGAUCAGCAAAAUAUCGCAAGUAGUUAUCCGCAUAUGAAGCAAUUCAGUCCAAAAUAUCCUGCCCCAACUGUUCCUCAAUAUAGUACUCCGAAAGAUAAAAGAUCUCCCAACGAACAAAGAAAUAUAGAUGUUAUGAAGAAUCUACCUGCAGGGAUAGAAAAUGGCUUGCCUAACAAUUAUAUUAAUAAUAAUCUUGAAAAUAGUAAUGAUGAUAAUAAUGAUAAUGAUGAUAGUAAUGAUAAUGAUGAUAAUAAUAAUAAUGAUGUAAAUAAUAAAAGUAAUUAUGAUAAUGGCAAAACUACGAAUAAUCUACUAACUGCCGUUUCCACAUCCCUCAAACAACAUUAUGUCAUUAAAGAUAAUUCCUUAAAAAAUUCCUUCUAUUUUCCUAAGCUAAAAAUUCCGAGGGUUUCUUAUAAGGCAAGCGAUUGCAUAAACGCUAAAAGAGAAAUUAGAAAAGACACUUUAUUUUUAAAUCAAGACCCUAAAAUCUCAUUAUCGAAUCAAAUAAAGGACAUAAUCAAUGUUAGAACGAAAGAGUCUUCCGUCGCUGCCAUAAUUAAAGCGGCUAACGAGAAGGCUAAAGCCGAUAUGCUACCCAACAAGGUCAAAUAUGAUAAUAAUUUAAGCUUAACUAAUGAAAUAAGAAAAAUAAGUAAUAAUCUCGUAAAAUUAAAUAAUUAUAAAAACGGUGAAGUAAUGCGUAAAAUUGAUAAAGAAACAUUGACACGCAAUCAAGAAACAUCCUCUUAUCAAAAUUCGGAAGCCUCUGAGAAGAUGGACAUAGACGCUAUCAUAUGA